UGUAGCCUCGCGGUUCUGUCUUCCUGUUUGAGUGCCGCAGCUGGAAAAAUGGCAGCUGAUACAGGGAGAUACAGGAGUGCAGUUAGCAAAAACAAAGACCCUUCUGGUCUUCUCAUCUCUGUCAUUAGGACUCUAUCCAGUAGCGAUGAUGUGCAGGACAGGGAGACGGAGAAGAGUCGUCUGGAGGAGGCUUUCGAGACGUGUGAUCGGGAUUUAGACGAGCUGAUUGUUCAGCAUUAUGCCGAACUCACCACUGCCAUCAGGACCUACCAGAGCAUCACAGAGCGUAUCACCAGCUCCCGCAACAAGAUCAAACAGGUCAAGGAGAACCUCCUGUCUUGUAAGAUGCUGCUUCACUGUAAAAGAGACGAGUUGAGGAAGCUGUGGAUAGAAGGCAUCGAGCACAAGCAUGUUCUUCAGUUGCUGGAUGAGAUCGAAAGCAUCAAGCAGGUCCCUCAACGCCUGGAAACUUACAUGGCAAGCAAGCACUACCUUCAUGCCACAGACAUGCUGGUGACAGCUGUGGAGUCCUUAGAAGGCCCCUUGUUGCAAGUAGAGGGCCUUGGAGACCUGCGCCUGGAGCUCCACACCAAGAAGCUCAACAUACACUUGGUGCUCAUUGAUGAGCUGCACCGCCAUCUGUACAUCAAGUCCACAAGUCGCCUGGGGCACAAAAACAGGGACAAAAAUGCUGCUAGGCUUCCAGGCUCCAUGGCCAAAGAUGCAUCUCCAAUACCUGUGUUAGAUGUCGGCAGCCUGUCUACCCCACGCAAGCUUUUGGAUUCAUCUCAGUUUAGCACACCUGGAUCCAGCAGUGUGCAUGAACUGCAGCAAGAUAUUCGGGACUUAAACCAGUCAGACCUUACUGAGGGGGACCCAGAGGAGAACAGUGCUGAGUUCAUGGGCAUCCUUAUCAGGGCUCUGGCCAAGUUGAAGAAGCUUCCAGAGACCAUUAAAGCCAUAAUGGAACGGCUGGAACCUGAGCUGAAACAGAUUGUCAAGAGGUCUACCACUCAGAUAGCAGACCAUGCUUACCAAAGGGGAGAAAACCUGGCCCAGGAGAGCCAGCCAAGGCUUCUGCUGGAACUGCUUGAGCUCUUGUUCGAUAAGUUCAAGGCAGUGGCCCAGGCUCACAGUGUGGUGCUUACCCACCUGAAACACAUCGGGGUGCAGGCCCAAGAAGAGGGCAUCAAGCUGUACGAGCAAGCAGAUGUCUCUGCUAAGAUCCAGACUGUACUGCAGGUUCUGCUUAUGGAGUAUUUGGAUGUGAAGAACAGCCGCAGUGCUACGGAGCCCUCAGCUCAGCACUCCUAUGCGAGCACUGGCAGUGAGUUUGCUGCCUUUUUUGCAAAGAAAAAGCCACAGCGUGCCAAGCAGUCGCUCUUCAAGUUUGAAUCAUCAUCCCAUGCCAUCAGCAUGAGUGCCUACCUGAGAGAACAGAGGCGAGAGCUCUACAGCAAGAGUGGAGAAUUACAAGGUGGCGCUGAUGACAACCUGAUUGAAGGAGGAGAAAUGAAGUUUGUGUGUAAGCCAGGUGCGAGGAACAUCACUGUAAUCUUCCAGCCUCUUCUCAGAUUCAUUAAGGAAAUAGAGAUGAACAUGGGGCCAGGUCAAGCCAAGCAGUGCCAGCUUCGAGCUUUCCUCACUUACUACAUUAAUGAUCUGUUCCUUAACCAGGUACGGACAGAGAUUAAUAAGGAAAUCGAGGCAGUUAGCAAGGCAGCUGAUCCUCUGAAGAUUCUUGCCAAUGCUGAUACCAUGAAGGUUCUCGGUGUCCAGAGACCCCUACUGCAGAGCACAGUGGUGGUGGAAAAGGCCAUCCAGGAUCUGAUGAGCCUGAUGCAGGACCUGAGUGCCUACUCCAACCAGUUCCUUGAGAUGGUCUGCGACAAGCUCAAGGAGUACAAAGAAAUCUGCAACACAGCCUACAGGGGCAUCGUCCAGUGUGAAGAAAAGCUGACCAUCAGUGCUUCCUGGGCUAAAGAUGAAGACAUCAGUCGUUUGCUCCAGUCCCUCCCUAACUGGGCAAAUAUGGCCCAGCCCAGACAGACCCGACAGAAGAGAGAGGAUGAAGAAGACUUCACCAGGGCUGCUUUUGCUAAGGAGUCAGAGGUGCUGACUGGGAACCUCGGAGACAAGUUAAUCCCACAGAAUGAGAUCCUGCGUGAUGUCAGUGACCUCAAGGCACUGGCCAACCUUCACGAGAGCAUGGAAUGGCUUGCCUGUCGCCUCAAGACGUUCUUCGCCACACUGCCUCACGCAUCCAACAGCCAGGUGGUUGGAGAGAGUGAACGCAGCAGGGAGCAGAUUCUCCAGACCCUCAACGACCUGUCCAGGGGCUUCCAAGAUAUUGCAGACCGUUGCCUGCUGGUGCUGCAUCUGGAGGUCAGGGUGCACUGUUUCCAUUACCUGAUCCCCCUGACCAAACAAGGAAAUUAUGCCAUUGUGGCUAAUGUUGAGAGCAUGGACUAUGACCCUCUGGUGGUCAAACUGAACAAGGACAUCUCAGCCAUAGAGGAAGCCAUGGGGGCCGCCUUGCAGCAACACAAGUUCCAGUAUAUUUUUGAAGGUCUUGGUCAUCUGAUCUCCUGUAUUCUGAUCAAUGGGGCUCAAUACUUCAAGAGGAUCAGCGAGUCUGGCAUCAAGAAAAUGUGCAGGAACAUUUUUGUCCUCCAGCAAAACCUCACCAACAUCACCAUGUCCAGGGAGGCAGACCUCGACUUUGCCAGGCAGUACUAUGAGAUGCUGUACAACACUGCGGAUGAGCUGCUGAACCUGGUGGUGGACCAGGGUGUCCGCUACACAGAGCUGGAGUACAUCAAUGCCCUUUCCUUACUCCAUCGCAGUCAGACAGGUGUAGGUGAUUUGAGCACUCAAAACACCCGGCUACAGAGGCUGAAGGAAAUCAUCUGUGAGCAGGCCGCCAUUAAACAGGCCACCAAGGAUAAGAAGAUCACCACAGUGUAAUGAUAAAGCAAGGACGUGGCAUUCAGAGGGAGAUGACCAUUGAAAAGGAACAGCAAUGCAUUUUUCAGUGCGAUGAACUCUGGCGUGUUUUUGUUUCUUUCAAAUUUUUGUUGCACAAAUACGUGAUGUGUUUUAGAUUUGAGAUUUUGGUUAGAAAACGCAAAAAGAUGUUUGCUUUAGACACAAGAUCUGGAAAUCUGUUGAUGGAAAGUGUGUCAUCUACAUUUCAUACUUCCUAAUGAUGAUGAAACACACUCUAGUCAAGUUUUGACAAAUAGAUAUGGAUUUUUUUUUUACUUAUAUGAGCUUAUGUGAAUUGACUGACUCUACAUGGGAAGGGAGGUGACAACUUGCAUAACUGCAAGCCUUGCAGGUCCAUUGGUCCAUGUAUCUAUGUCACAAAGCAGCCUAUAUUGUCAAUUUCCGCUAUUUAAAUCACAUAAUAAAUGCAGCGCACACGCCCGGACUCUUAACAGUGCUUUGCUCACCAUGACUACAUCUCCAGAUAAAGGGCGAUUGUCUUGGACACUCACCCGAACUUAGUCCUCAUCUCAUCUCAUUUUCCUAUUAGAUCUAAACUGCUGCUCUCAAUUACACCUCUUUCUCUCCUCUCCUGGCAGCCCCAUGGGCCCACUGAUUCUGUCUGCAAUAACAGAUGCCAGAUUAGACUGUCUGAAUGAGGCCACAUCUUCCGCCUGCUGCCAAUUUGGGUUGGUCCCCUAUGAUUUCCCUAGCUGACGAUUGUAUCAUAGCUAUGGUUGUUAAAAAUCUGUUAUCUUUUUUUUCCUCAUAGUUCGUGCAGUAAAGUUGUGCGACUAUUGUGGAAAGUUGUGAAUCAAUUAACAUAUUAUUUUGCAAAUUGGACAAAGAGACCACAGUGGAACGACUCUGCUUUUUUGUGCUAAGGCACAUAUGUGGCUGUACAAACCAAAACUAUGCAAUGCUGAAUCUUUAUUUUGCCAUUCAAACUGCAUGUGCUCAAUCCUAUAAAGUGAGCUAAACAUAUAAACUCAAGAGACGAUCACAAAUCAUUCCCUUCCCCACAAUCCUCCUUGUUUUUAGUUCAUUAACUUGGGGGAGAAGUACUUAACAAGAGGGGGAGAGGGAAAUGGGAGCCUUGUCAAUACACUGGGCCCAGCGCUGGUCUCCCUGAAGCCCACAGAGCAAUCCAUCAUAAUGACACAUAGGCUGGGAUCGAUGGGAAAACAACUGCGGAGCUGCUGAGUGGUUCGCCUACCACUCUGAAACGUACACUUGGUGUAAAAUCUAAAAUCUGCUCAUUCAUCUGUUCACUUCAGAGUUACUUUUAUAAUGUUAUACAUGGAAAACUUUAUUUCAAUGCUAAAUGACUCUGUCAGGGCCGUGCCAUUCACAGAUGCUGUUAGACUCCUAUUAUGCUGCAUAAAUAUAGCCCAUAAAAUUCUGGAAUAAUGCUCUUAUAUGUAUUUGAAAACCACUCCUGUCCAUUCUUUUUAUUCCUGAAUUACACUUGCAAAAAGGUUCUUUUACUGUUACCCGUAUCUCACCUGCUUUUCUUUGCAAUUGAUCUAAAUUUUGCACAUCUGUUUAAAGAACUGAUUUUAUGUUUGGCAUAGAAAUGCAUUGAAUUCUGGCUUUAGUGGUUACCAGGCCUAUUUCUUGAUCUGGUUCUGAAGUGUCAUAAAUGCUCUGAAAUGUAUCUAUUCUAAAUGAAGCACUCACAAUUUGACAGUGCAUACACUAAAAAAUAAAUUCUUCAAAUUCCA